AUGGCCAGAGAAAGCAACGCACCGUUAGACGCCCCCACUCCGAGCAAAAAGAAUGAACCAUCUCGGCCUUCAGCCACUCAACAUCCGGAAUUUGGCAAACCCUCCCCGAUCGGCCCCUCCCAGUACCGUUCCAACCAGCCAAACCAGCCCAGGAACCAAUCGAACCACCUAUUCAACAUCCCCAAAUCGAAUCGGCCGCGGGCAGAGCAUCACCGACCCGUGCAGCAGCCCCAGCAGUCCCUACCGAAACAACAAACUCGGCCACAGUACCCCGGACAGCAGCAUGGAGCUCCUCAGAGCUAUCGCCCCCACUCGGCGGCUGUUGGAACUCCGGCUAAGCGUGGUCCUUUCGAUCCGUUCCAGCCCGUACGACCAUCAGCCUAUAAUGAUCACCGAUCAGGGUACCCGUCAGGGUUGCCUCCUGGCGCGACUCCGAUCAAACGCCCUGAAAAUGUGACGUGGACAACUCCUCGUGCCCCUCGACCACUUUUCACAUCGAAACCAUCGGCACCAAAGCCAUCGAAUGCGUCAAAGAAUCUUCAGGCAUUCAUUGAUCUGACUAAGGAUGAGGGUCCGUCCAGCAACAAUGCGACGACCUUCGGAAGCAGUAAUGCGCCUGGCUUUGGUUCUAUGGACAUGCAUGGUUAUGUUGAUACAGAAAAGGCAAAUGAGAACAUCAAAGCUCUCCUUGAGGGUGCUUUCGAAGAUGAGGAGGAAGAGAUGGCCUCAAAAUCCAAAAGCAAGAGCAAAGGAAAGAAGAAGAGCAAGAGCAAGAAGAAGCUGCCAGGAAAAGCCGAACCAGCUGUACCGGAUUCGGCCUCGCAGAAGAAUCACGAUGAUCUUGAUGAUUUGGCUGCUCAGCUUGAGGGUGUGACCGUGAACGACACGAAGUCAACCGAGCAGGAGCCAGCCGAGAAGCUUAAUAACAAGGCAGCCGAGGCAAGUGAAGACGCACCUGAGAACGAAAUCGUGGAUGAAGCUGCAAACCAAGGCGGUAACGAAGAGGAGGCCGAGGAGGAAGAUGACGACGAUGAAGCGGGUGAUAGCGAUGAAGAUGACGACAGUGGCAUCGUGGAAGGCCUCAAGGUCACACUUCUACCUCACCAGAUUGAUGGUGUCAAGUGGAUGUGUGACAAAGAGACUGGCCGCCGAGCCACCAAAGGAAUCUUCCCGAUGGGCGGAAUUCUUGCCGAUGAUAUGGGUCUUGGUAAAACUGUCCAAGCCAUUGCUCUCCUCCUCAAGAACCACAAAUCCGAAAUCGACGAACACAGCGAAGCAAACGACGACGCUAAGAAGGAUAAGAAAACUGAUCCCUCGACUCCUCUCAGCAAGAGUACACUUGUUGUUGCCCCUUUGGCUCUCAUCAAACAAUGGGAGGCGAAGAUUCUCGACAAAGUCGAGAAAUCCCACAGACUCCGCGUUUGUGUUUAUCACGGCACCAACAGAGCCAAGACGGCCCGCUCACUAGACGACUACGACGUGGUAAUCACUACUUACGGCACUCUCACAUCAGAAUCUGCCACGGCGGCUUCGGACAAGACUAAGAAAUCGGGUAUUUUCGCCCUACACUGGCUCCGUAUCAUUCUUGACGAGGCACACACUAUCAAGAACCGUAAUGCGAAGGCCACACAAGCCGCCUGUGCACUCGACGCCAAGUUCCGCUGGUGCUUGACCGGAACACCCAUGCAAAACAACCUUGAUGAGUUGCAGAGUCUGAUCAAAUUCCUUCGAAUCAAACCCUUUGACGACCUAGCUGUGUGGAGAGAUCAGAUUAGCCGUCCACUCGCCAAUGGCCGAGGCGGUCUAGCCAUUCAGCGCCUGCAAGUCUACUUGAAGGCGUUCAUGAAGCGCCGCACCAAGGACGUCUUGAAAGGAAACCAAGAUAACGAGGAUGAGGAAACGGAGGGUGGCGAAAAGAAACGCUCCAACGGCUUCAAGAUUGUGAAGCGUGAAGUUAUCAGAGUAGAUGCUGAAUUCAUGCCGGGAGAGAUGAGCUUCUACAAGCGCCUGGAGGCAAGGACUGAGAACAGCCUGGAGCAGAUGAUGGGCUCUAAACUUGACUAUGCUGGGGCGUUGGUUCUACUCUUGCGUUUACGUCAAUCCUGCAACCAUCCCGAUCUGGUCAAAAGUGAUUUAGCCGCCGACAAGGACGUUCUUCUGCAAAAUGGAAACUCCUCUACUCAGUCGAAAGAUUCUAAGGCAAGCGACCUGGAUGAUGUUGCCGAUCUUUUUGGCGCGCUUAGUGUUGUCACCAAGAAGUGUGAUGUUUGCCAAAUCGAACUUAGCCAGGCAGAAGGCAAGAGCGGUGCUACCCGCUGCAGUGAGUGUGAAAAGGACUUGAACACCGAUUUCAUGGGCAAAGAUCAGAAGAAGCACAAGUCCAAGAAAACACCGAAACACAACAGUGGAGAUGACGCGGAAGAUCAACCUGCUCGGCCUCGGAGGAACCGGAGAGUUGUGAUUGAUAGCGACGACGAAGAUGAAGAAGAUGGCGAGUGGAUUGUCCCCGAAGGACAACGCAAGAUGCCCGACCUAGAAAAGGCCGGCGGCUUUGACGAUGAAAAUGCGGACGGCGGCGGUGAUUGGAUUGGAUCUGAUGAUUCAGAUACCGAUGACGAUAUUUUAGACUCUCCGACUGGCAAGAAAUCCAAGCCCGCUGCUCUAGAUAAGUUCGAGGAUGAGUCCGACUUGGACGACGACAUCUAUAUCGAUGAGGGUGAAAAUGGAGAGCUGCCCUCGACCAAGGUUCGUCAUCUGAUGAAGAUUCUUCACAAGGAGUCAGCGGAUUACAAGUUCAUUGUCUUCUCGGUCUUCACCUCCAUGCUUGACAAGAUUGAGCCCUUCCUGAAGCGCGCCAACAUUGGAUUCGCACGUUACGACGGUCAGAUGAGAAACGACCAUCGUGAAGCCAGUCUCAACAAGCUCCGGAACAACAGCAGCACUCGAGUUUUGCUCUGUAGUUUGCGCGCCGGUGCGCUCGGCCUCAACUUGACUGCUGCCAGCCGUGUCGUCAUCUUGGAGCCAUUCUGGAAUCCUUUUGUCGAGGAACAAGCUAUCGACCGUGUCCAUCGUCUCAACCAAACAGUUGACGUCAAGAUCUACCGUAUGAUUAUCAAGAACACCGUUGAAGAGCGAAUCGUCGACCUACAAGAACGUAAACGUGAGCUCGCCAAAAUGACCAUCGAGGGCAAGUCUGCUGCCGGGAAAUUGACCAUGGGCGACAUGAUGGCCCUCUUCGGCCGAGAUGCCGAGUCAAAGUUCCAAGACAAGCAGGGUACUUUGGACUUCAAAGCACCUACUGGGUUAUUGCGGGCUGCGGACGAGCCUACGGUUGCUCCGAAGCGAUCGGAUUCGCGUGAUUCGAACCGCCGACCGGGGUCCAAUCGAUCGAGAGCCGAGGAUGCGGUGUAUGGUCGACGUUGGUGA